UUGGCGUCUGGUUGUGUGUGCGGUCGUUGUGUGGUAUCGUCUGUUUUGAUUUUCCCAGAUUUAAUUAACCGUAAUUAACGCGUAAUUAAUCCCAAAUGCGAUUAAGCAUGUCUCGAAGGUAAUACGGCGUCGGUUUAACCUAUAAAAAUUAAAUCGAUUCAACGUUGAAUCGCUUGGGUAAGUUUGAAUGUAGCUGGGGCCCCCCAAAGAUGUUUCGGUUUUUGAGUGGCCGAAAGGGCAAAAACGGGACGGACGGGAAGUCCAGUGGGAGAAAUCAGGGAAAACCCGUGAACAAGAACUUGAUCCAGUGUAAGGUGGUUUUACUGGACGGGACUGAUUUGAGUGUAGAACUUUCGAAAAAAGCAAAAGCCCGAGAUUUAUAUGAACAGGUCUUCUAUUCCCUAGACCUUAUCGAGAAAGACUACUUUGGCCUACAGUUCACCGAUGCCAAUCACGUAAAACAUUGGCUGGAUCCCACUAAAACCAUUAAAAAACAAAUCAAAAUUGGCCCCCCAUACACCAUAAGACUAAAAGUAAAGUUCUACUCCUCGGAACCCAAUAAUUUAAGGGAAGAAUUGACCCGAUAUCAAUUCUUUUUGCAACUGAAACAGGACAUUUUAGAGGGGAGACUCGAGUGUCCUCAGGAGACUGCCGUUAAAUUAGCUGCGUAUGCUUUACAAUCUGAAUUGGGCGAUUUCGAUGAAACCCAACACACCCCCGCGGCAAUUUCCGAAUUCCACUUUGUCCCGAACCAAACGGAGGAGAUGGAAAUCGAAAUCGUCGAAGAGUUUAAGAAAUUAAAAGGCCUAACCCCGGCCAAUGCCGAGCAAGCUUAUUUAAACGACGUUAAAUGGUUGGAAAUGUAUGGGGUCGAUAUGCAUACAGUAUUGGGCAAGGAUAGUAUGGAAUACAAGCUCGGCCUCACCCCUACAGGGAUCUUAGUGUUCGAGGAGCCGAACAUCAAAAUAGGUCUCUUCUUCUGGCCAAAAAUUAGCAAAUUGAACUUUAAAAAAAAGAAACUGACCCUCGUGGUGGUCGAGGACGACGACGACGGCAGGGAGCAGGAGCACACGUUCGUUUUCCGAUUGCACAACGAGAAGGCGUGCAAACAUUUGUGGAAGUGCGCGGUCGAGCAUCACGGAUUCUUUAGGUUACGGGCGCCGGUCAAGGGACCGUCCGCCCGUCAAAACUUCUUCAGGAUGGGCUCGAGGUUCCGGUACUCCGGUCGAACCGAGUACCAGAGCACGUACCAGAAUAGGGCGAGGAGAACGGUACAGUUGGAGAGGAAACCCAGUCAAAGGUACGGUCGAAGACAAAGCCACGUCCUACGAGAAAGACAAAAACAACAAUCGGCUCAACAAGGCAACGAACCAGAGAUGGCCUCAACAUCGAAACCUCCGGAACCCACUCAAACCUCGUCGAGCAGAUGCAGUCAACGAUCGAGCAGAUCGAACGCGACAGUAGACGAGCCGAUUUAUUAUCAAGUGAAAGACGACGUUACUAAGAGUCUUACGCCUACGCCGUCUACACCGACAAGACCAAGCUCGUUGGGUCUCAACGGCCAGAAUAGUUUCGGAAAAGGUUCGAUAGGUCAAGGAUCGUUUGGUAAAUCAUCCGUGUGUGGAGCAUACAGCCCGGCCUUAUCUACCAGCAGCAGCAUCCACAAGAACGACACCCUAAAACGGACCAAAUCGCCCUCAAUUCCCUCACCGAUCAGUCCGGUGUCUUCAAAUGCGGACAGUCAGCUCGACUUUUUGCUCAAAAGUCUUGCCAAGGAGUCCUUGAAUGUCGCCAGGGACGAAUCUAGGAAUAAACUGGAAGAAUCUGAGAACAGUAGCAGCGGUUCCAAAUCACUUCCGGCGGAAAUUCCUAAUAAUAUCGCGAAAAUCAUCGGGUCCGCUAAGCCCCUGCCGCCCGGACAGAUGAAAUGCAAUAUUUUAAAAGCUAAAAUGGAGGAGGAACUACAGAAUUCGAAGAUGACCAAUCAGAUGUUCGUGCAGGCCCCGAAAGACGAUGAGACAUCGUUAAAUGCCGCCACGUUCAUUUCUGUGGGAGGUGAUAAGCUGACCCUCACUGUAAGUGGACCCCCGAGCAUCGAACCGGUGAAAGAACCACCCGUGAAACGUUGUACCACUCCUAUUACGGUUACUUUCUUUGGGCAAGCAAUGAACGACGGAAAAUUAGAAAUCUGCCAAGUGGCAAACAAUACCGCGGCCGAGAAGCGAGAAAACGAGGAGAACAACCGCCUGAACCCGUUCGCCAAUUAUUUGAAAAGCGACGACGAGGAGGAGCAUCAACUGAAUCCGUUUAGCGGGUCCAACAGUAUCGUUUUCAAUAAAAAUAACCCGUUCAUGGAUAUCUCGGGUGAGGAAAACGAGUCCAAGAGCGACAAGGAUAGCGAGAAGAGUAAUAAUAGCCUGGAGUCUAUCCACGAGAGCGAGAAACCUCCGACGCCGAUGAGCCCGAAUUUGAGCAAAUUAUCUCCGUGGUUGGUAUCCCAGGAAAUCAUUUCGUCGCCGGUCACGAAAGUCAACACCACGGAAACCACGAUCAUCAGGAAGUCCGUUAUAACCACGCAACUUUAGUGAUAUUUCCUGUACUCUCUUUUACUUAAAUACAACUUCUUAAGGGCUUAUUUUAAAUUUGAGAUUAGUUAGUUAAUCAUAGUUAGUGCUUAUAAUAUCCGAGGGGAAACUUUGGGGCCCGAAUAAUUGGACAAUUGACAAGUUUGUUCAUUUGUCAUGUUUCUUUGAUUUUAUCGUAAAACCAACUGUUAAUAAGAAAAUAUAUCUUAUGGUUUCUUAGAGGUUAUGGGGUGCUUAAAGGUUUGAUUCCCCCAUCUACUUACGGGAUUACAUUCGAUAUUAAUGUGAUACCGCAACUCGAGUAUUUCCGAAUAGUGCGUCUCGUUUUAUCUGUAUAUUUUGACUAUUUUACAAAUUAUUAUUUUUAAGGUUUUAUUGUACUUACUGCGGUUAGUUUUAGGGAAUUUUAAUGUGCUAAAAUGAAAUAUUGUGCCUUUAAAUAAGACUAUAAUUAUGAAGAAAAAAAAAACAGGGUGUACCCAUAUUUACUGUAACUCUAAGGUUUAAGGGUUUAUUUAUUGAUAUACAAAGUGGGUCAAGAUUUUUUUAUUGAAAUGUUUUUUUUUUUAGGUAAGCAAGAAAUGUUUGUUUAGUGUCCUGCAAGCAAGAAAUAAUUGUUUCCGGAGAAUGCUAUUGAUAUGACUCGUUCUUACUUUCAAAGGUUAUCAAAGUCGCUUUCUUUACAUUUCUAGACAGUUACAGUAAUUUUUCCAAACAGUUGGAUUAAUUGCUUACUCUCUAAAAGUAGUUUUUUUAAAUUUUACAGGCAAUUGCCGUCAUUUUCAGACAUUCAAGAUCACUACAGUAAUUACAGAAUGCCUUUUUCAGAUAGUUCAAUUAACGUUUUCAGGUAGUUUUUAAAAAUUUGACUGGUAAUUCCAGGAUUUGUUUUUGCUUAUUCCAGGCAGCUUGUCAUUUUUAGACUCCAAGGAAGUUUUUUUUCUUUCAGUCAUUUCAUUUUUUCAAACCAUUUUUUUUUUCAACAAUGGACGACAUUUUUUGGCUUUUUCCAGGUAGUUUGAAUAAUUUUUCUUCCAUGUAAAGAUAGUUACACUACUUUUUUACAGACAUUUAGAGUCCUUUUAAAACGUCCAAGGAAGUAAAUUUGUUUACUUCCAGGCUUUUAAAUUUUAUUUCGUAUGACAGUUAAAGUAAUUUUUAAUAUUGCCAAAUAACCAUAGAAAUCUUUUUUAACCCUUUCAGUCACAAUUAUUUGUAAGGACUUUAAAAAUUCUGAUAUUUUAAAAAUGAUGUUAUGCUUAGCAGAAAGGCAUUUUAUCUUAAAAAAUUGUUUUUUUUUUUGUUUUUGGUAUAAUUUUUGAAUGUUGUUAUUUGACGACAUUGUGACCAAAGGGUUGCUUCACGAUGAAAUAAAAGUAUGUAUAAAAUUACAUAUAAAAUCAAACUUUAUUUUAUUAUUGCUUAUGAAAAGCUACAAAACGGUUUUUAUUUUUUGUCAAGCAUAAAUGCACUUUUCACAAACUACAUUUUUCACAAAAAAUCCGAGAAGUACCUUUACAGCCCGGAAGUUUGCAUCUUGAAGCUGAUUGUUUAUCCUCGUGAAGAGGAAAAUGUCCUGUAUUGUCGAAGCGCACAUCAUCUAUGGGUCUAGUUUUUUGGUACUUUCUCUUUUUUGGAAGUGGACUUAAAAGUGAUUCAUUUGAAGAUCUUCCUCUUUUUCUUGAUACAGCAUUACACGCGAUCAAGGCUUCUGCGACGUGGCUCAUGAAAUGUAUCAAAUCCAAGAUUUCUUUCGAUGGAAUACCCAUUUCUUGUGCUUUUUGUCUAUACUCAAACCAUGCGUUAGUACAAGCCAUGCCGAUGGCAUGUGUAAACAUUCGCAAAGUUCACUUCCAUGAUCUAAUGAAUGUUCUGUAAAUCGAAAUCAUGCAAUCUAACUUAUCAACGCCGCCCAUGUAACGGUUAUAAGUUUUUACUACUUCUGGUCUCGGCACCAUGACGUACUCUUUACUGACUUUAUUCCAGUGACGGCAGUUAUCUAUUUUGCCAGAACUCAUAAAAUUUGAGGCCAUAAACAGAGGCUUGUUGUCAUACCAUUUGGUCAUAAUAACCUCACCAUCUUCACUAAUAAUUUCUUCCAUAGAUCCGCGUUGCAUUUCCUUGUCUGAGGUGAAUGCUGGCUUAUUGAAUCUAUCUUAGAAAUUGCAAUAAAUUAUAAUUGGAGAAAUAAUUGUCAAAAUACAACUGAAUAUUUUGUACGUCUAUUCUUGUUGAUAAUUUUGCUACAACAGCACCUGCAAGGCCGAAAACUUUUUUCUAUGUCUUCUAAUUUGGUUAUUGAUCCUUCAUAUAUAAUAAAAUCGUAGAGUGUCCCACUUUUUCCACACAGACCGAAAAUUUUUAUACCCCAUGGUGACGGUUUAUUUUUCACAUACUGCUUUACGUUCAAGGAGCCCUUGAAGGGGACCAUUUGUUCAUCAAUGCAUAGCUUACUUUCUAAAGGCAGAUAUAUACAUCUUUGUCUUAUUGCAUCGAAAAAAGGCCUUACUUUCCAGAAACGAUCAUUGUUUUGUGGAUCCUUUUCCUCGACGUUCACAAAAUGAACAUGCAUUGCUAAUGCUGUAAUAAUCCGGGAUAAAUAAAAACACCCAAGUUCAUAAACAAGUGCUGUAUAUAUUGGUUGAUAAAUAAAAUGUUACAAAAAAAUAACUAGCUCAAAUAACAGAUGAACGUAAUAUUUAAUAAAAAUUAUAUUUUGCCUCCGUUUCGGCGAAGUCUAUAUUUAGAAUUUGAUUGUUAUAUAUUAUGUUUUGGAUUUAAGUUGGCUUCUUCAUUAUUUCAUUCUAUAUAGGCUGUUCACCACCUGUCCGCGCACUAUUUUCUACAAGAGCCAUACAAUCUGCUAUACGAGGUAUUCUUAAGUUUGAAUCCCAAUAGAAACGAACCCGGGGAUAGUGCAAAUUUCCCAUAAUUAUGUGAAUUCCCACAGAAUGUUUAAGCUCUUCUUGUGUGGUAUUUUAAAAUUUGCUAUGUUGUUGAAUAGCAUAAAGAUUGGUGUAUUUAGUCAUGUCCUCAAAUAAUUCAUAGUGAAAUAUUUUAAAAAAAAAUAUAAAGGUUUUUCCAAGGUAACAUGUUGUUCAACAUUUUUUUUAUACCACGGUAUUGGGGGAGUAAGAUAGGUGACAUUUCUUCUCCAACGUAUGUUUUUUUUCAUCGUAAGAUCAUUUUCGAGAAAAAACUCUGUCACACUAGUAGUAGAUUCCUUGUUCUGGACAUUUAUUACGUUACGUACAGAAGAUUCGCUGACUAUUACCUGCUCACUUACGUCCUCUGUAUUUUCUUGAUGCUCUUCCAAACCAUCAACAAUUUCAUCUUCUUGUCUAUCAAGCAGCUCGUUCAUAUCAUUAUUGUCCAGAAUUUCUAGAAAAACAUUUAUUUUAUACAUAAAUUACUUUUUUUAUUUAAUUUACAAAUAAAUCAUUACUAGUUUACAAAUUUUACCAUUUAUACCUUCAUUUUCAUCUUGCUCAUUGUCAUCGCUUAGAUAUUCUAUGUCUGACAUCUCCUCUGCUAGAGCGACCAAUUCCUCAUAAGAUAACGGUUUAUUUUUGCUCAUUAUGACUGAUUUCUUACAACCUUUUUUUUUCCAAAUUCUGAAAAAUUUUAUACCGGUUAGUCACACUGUCGCCAAAUGACGACGCAUAAUUUUAAAAAAAUACCCCCUCACUCCAUUAUAAACAUUUACUUACUAAUACUUACCGCUAAGCAAACAAACAACCCUUGAAAACAAAAACGUAUGUAAAUCAAACUUCAACACGAUUUCGUAUUUGAAUAAUCGUCAAUGUUAUGACGGCCCGGCGUGCCCACGUGCAAACAUUCAAAACAACUAAUAAGCCAAGCGCGAUCAAAAUUCGGAUGAAAUAACACAGAUGGCAUCGAGUGUUUAAAUGCGUUAAAUACCUUGUCGUCAAUUGCUUACAUUCUCUCAAUUGCUCCAAUUGGGAGCAAAAAUCGCAUACUUUCUGAAUAAACGUAAUUAGAUUUGUAUGUCAAAUAACGACGACGCAGUGACUGAAAGGGUUAACACCUUUUUCACGUAGUUGAAACAAUGUUUUCUUCGCCUUUUAGACAGUUUCCUAAAUUUAACAUAAUUAAAGUAAUUUUCAGGCAAUUAAAACAUAUUUUUGAAGGAUUAAAUUUUCUAUUUUUUUUUGCCGUUUCCAGACAGUUGAAAUGACCUUUUCUUCCUUUUAAAAAGUAAUUUUGAGCAGAUAUCAAAGCGAUCUUUGUAAUUUAACCGUUUUAAAAACAACAAAGAUCUCAACUGCCUGGACGAAAACAAAAAUAACUGAUUGCUUGCCUGAAAAUGGCUUAAGCUGCCUGCACGAUUUUAGGGUGCUAAUUCAACUGCCUGGAAAAGUGAAAAAACAUCUUGGAUUCCUGGAAAAGUCACUUUAACUACCUUUAAAAGAGAGAAAUGGUAACUUCAACCUCGACAUCUUGCCUACCUAAAAAAAUGUCGAUGAUAAACCCACGUCCAUCCUUUCCAUCCACCUCUACGCAUUUAUGCCAUUUUUUCAAAAUUCGUUUGGGACACACUGUAUUUAUUUAAAAAAAUAGUAUAUGUACAGCCAGCAUGACACGUUACAGGACUUAUUUGCUAUAAUAAUUGAUAAGUUUUAGGUUAAUCGAUGAUUUAGUUAAGAUCUGAUUCCCAAUUUAGGUAGUGACUUAGGUGUUGGAAAUUUAAGGGCCAUCAGUUAUUGGAUUUCGGUGUAUUUAUUGAAUAAUUUGGUUGAUAUGCACAUUUUCCUUAAAUUCCUAGAGUGAUGACCCUCCAAUUUGCAGCAUCCCGUAUACAAGGUGAUACAAACGUUUAAUAUUAAGUGCCAUUAAUCGUGCUUUUUUUAAAUUUCCUUUUUUUAUGCAGAAAAAAAAACAACUGAUUAAUCAUCCGUCCGAGCAGAGAAUCAAAAUAUACACUUGUCCUAUUGUAUUUAUUUUUUUAAUAAAAAUAUAUUUUAUUCUGUGUUUAA